AUGUUCAAAGCCGCGCUGACGACGAUCAAGUCCGCGAUCCCGGACGAGGUGGCGCAGGCGGCGAAGAAGCGCGUCAAUCAAUGGAAAGGCAUCGGCGACGACGAAGCGCUCGUCCGCGACGCGACGAACUCCGAGCCCUGGGGCCCGCACGGGGAGCAGCUGCGCGCGAUCGCGCGGCUCACGCGCGAUGGGAAGUGGGACGUCGUGCGCGAGGUGCUGGAGAAACGCUUGAAGAGCGCGCCGGAGGAGUGGCGACGCGCGUACAAGGCGCUCACCGUCGUCGAGUAUCUCGUCGCGAACGGCGAUCGAGCGAUCGCGGAGGACGUCAGGCGAAGGCGAAUGAUGGACGGCGCGCUGAGGUUCGAGUACAAGGACGCGCGAGGGAAGGAUGAGGGGGUGAACGUGCGACAUCGAGCGGAAAAGAUCAAGGCGUUGGUGGAAGAUCCGAGAUCGGUCGAGGAGGCGAGGGAAAAGGCGGAGAGAAAUCGCGGCAAGUACGCGGGGAUGUCGAGCGAAGAAGCGCGGACGCACGCGCGGAGAGGGUCGACGUCGAGCGCGGGUGGGUCGUUUUCGGGAGGGAGCGCGCUCGGCGGC